GGCUGGCACGGCGCUCUUGAAUGCCCUUUGAGACCCUUUCCCCGAUCGCAUAACUCUAUUCCACCGGCGACUUGCACUUUUGGUCGCCUGAGCCCGCCCAUCACCCCCUCUGGACGACUCUGUGUAUACCCGGAACGAGCCUGGCCUGCCCGGAUUCGGACCCCACCGCAUUGCCAAGGUCUCCAGAUUUGCCUGGGACAAACCGUCCCUCUGAUAACGACCAUCCGAUCGUUCGACGCCCACCUCGUGCGAGAUAGCCGACUGCACACUUCACACUCGACGUGUACACCCACUCUACCCAUAUACAUUGUGUCCGCUUCCCUUCGUCCGGCAUGGAGACCCUCAAGGCGGUCUUUUUUGGACCUGAUCCUCAAACGCAGAUGAGGAAAUGUAACCAACUCAUUCGCGCCAAUACCCGUCAAUUGGACCGCGACAUCGCACAACUCAAGACCCUCGAGAGCAGGACGCGGCAGUUCAUCAUGAACUCCUCCCGGCGAGCCCAACGCAACCCAUCCCAGGCCAAGCAGGCCAACAAUGAAGCCAAGACCUUUGCGCGAGAACUCGUGCGGAUUCGAAAACAGUCGACACGUCUACACACCAGUCGCGCACAACUCCAGAGCGUCCAGAUGCAGGUCAACGAGGCGUUCUCGGUCCGCAAGAUCCAGGGCAGCCUGAAGAAAUCCACGGGGAUCAUGAAAGACGUAAAUACCUUGGUCCGCAUGCCCGAACUGUCGGCCACCAUGCAUCAACUCUCCACGGAGCUGGUGCGGGCCGGCAUCAUCGAGGAGAUGGUCGACGACGCGAUUCCCAGUAACGAGCUGCUCGAUGAAGAGGAGGACGAAGCCGAGGAGGAGGUCGACAAGGUCCUGCAGGAGAUCUUGCACGGCAAGCUGUCCCAGGUCGAAGGGGUGCGGCCCGAGAAGCCAUUGGAAGAGGCCCCGGAACCGGAGGAAGAGUUCGUGGACCCCGAAGCGACGCUGGAGCAGAUGCGAGGACGCCUGGAAGUCCUGAAGAGCUGAUCCAUUCCACAAAUGAGAUUGAACCAGACCCUCGGGGUCCUUCCACGAAGCCGUGCAAGAUGAUGUUGGAGCGAGCCAUGUUUUCUUUUGAGCUGUAAAGGGUGUUUGGGCGGGGGAGGCGUGUUUGGGCGUUAAUCUUGCUGCGUAUUGAGCUGUUACUUAUUUAUCUCCUGGAUUACGGGGCUGGCUCUGGUCCCGGAACCUGCUUGAUUGCAUCGUGCCUUGCAUCCCUAUUUGAUCGUUUUCCUUCCUACAAUAUCCCUGCUGGUAAAUACUUUUGUCGUGCAUCGUUGGGUUGGGGCUGGGAUUGAUUGACUGAUCGCUUUUGGUCUUUGGGCAGCAGUGAUUCUUGGCGCCGCGGGAUGCUACAGAUGCCCGUGAGCUUAUGAGGCGAGACGACUAGUUAGAAUGAAUGCAUAUACAGGGCCUGGAGUG